AUGCGGCAGCAGCGGGGCGGGGUCGGGGCCGGGAGGAGAGGGGACGACCCGGGGCUCCUCACGAGGGCCGUUGACAGGGUGUUCCGCUUCGUCCGCCUCGCCGAGUUCGAGAUCUUCUUCGUCCUCUUCUUCCUCAUCGCCUUCUUCCUCUUCAAGGACCUCAUGUCACGGCCUGAAUACAAUCAGUUAUUUGUCAAGAAGCCUGAUCUAGAUGACCCUUGGCCUUAG